CCCCGUGGACCUCCAGUCUCCUCCUGGCCGGGCCUAGCCGCAGCGCGGACCCCCUUCCCGCGGCUCCUCUCACCACAGGGGUCUGUGCGGCCCGGGCCAGGAAGGUGACCGCUGCCGCGUGCGGGCACCCUCUCCUCCCAGCUCUAACUUCGUCCUGCACCCCAGCCUUGGAAGCACGGUCGCCUGUCUUCACCGUCCACCCCCCCCCCCCCAUUCCCGGCGUAUUCCUCGCACCCUGACCUUCCCGGCAGCGUCGGGGGGCCAAGCAAGGUGCCUUCACCUGGGCCCGCCGUCCACGACUAGACUGACCGGCAGCCCCGUGGAAGGCGGCGAAGCCUCGGACUGACAUCCCUGCGGUUUCUCUUCCGAUCUCCCUCCCCCACCCCCCGCUCCGGUUUGCCACCCCCGACCUCGUGCGCUUGACCUCUGCACCCUCGGUGGGGUAACGGCGUGCUGGGUUCCGGCUUCCGGACGCGACCGAGCCGCAGAUCCUGCUCCGGGUGCUACUGCCGGCCGGUGGGCCUGGAAGGUGUUCAGUGACGUUCCCUUCCCCCUUGCCUCUGAGUCCCUUCAGUAAGAAGACUGUUACGAUGCCCUUGGUAACGCGGCGGCUGAGAGAUCCUGACGUGAAUCCUUGUUUGUUGGAAUCUGAUGCAUCUACCAGGUGUAUGGAUGAAAACAACUAUGACAAAGAAAGGUGUUCCAGUUACUUCUUGAAGUACAAAAAUUGCCGAAGAUUCUGGAAUUCUGUCAUGGUCCAAAGAAGACAGAAUGGAGUGAAGCCACCUAUGCCGACAGCAGCAGAAAGAGCUGAAAUCUUGGGAGCAAUGGGAAAGCUGCCCUACUGAAUGUUUGCAUUAAAAUUGUUUGUGUAACUUGGAAGCAGAUGAAUAUUUUAUAUAAGCGAUUGCUGUAAUAAUGAGACUUUGCCCACCUCACCCAGACAGAUCUUAAGUUCUACAAGGGGAGGCCGGCGCCGCGGCUCACUAGGCUAAUCCUCCGCCUUGCGGCGCCGGCCCCCCGGGUUCUAGUCCCGGUCGGGGCACCGAUCCUGUCCCGGUUGCCUCUCUUCCAGGCCAGCUCUCUGCUGUGGCCAGGGAGUGCAGUGGAGGAUGGCCCAAGUGCUUGGGCCCUGCACCCCAUGGGAGACCAGGAGAAGCACCUGGCUCCUGCCAUUGGAUCAGCGCAGUGCGCCGGCCGCAGCACGCCUACCGCGGCGGCCAUUGGAGGAUGAACCAACGGCAAAAGGAAGACCUUUCUCUCUGUCUCUCUCUCACUGUCCACUCUGCCUGUCAAAAAUAAAAAAAAUAAAAUAAAAUAAAAAGAAAAAAGAAAAAAGAAAAAGUUCUACAAGGGGAGACCAAGUAAAGUUGACCUGUGUCUUUGGUGUUUGCUCUCAGUGCCAUGAUGCUAGCAUGUCAUUGGCUUGCUAUGACACUGAGCUUACAUUACUUCUUACAGGGCCAAGAGUGUUAGUACAGGUUAUAUGAAGAGUUGAGGUUUUCAAGUAAGAUGUGAAUAAGUAAAGAAGUAAUGGGCCUGGAGUGAGGGCAGUGUUUCCAAGGAAAUAGGAGAUGAAUGAUGUGGGUAACAAUGUGACAGUUGGAAUGCCUAUGUUUGGAGAACUCUCUGUCGGUGGACCGUUCCCAGUGAGUGGAGCAGGGAUGAGGGAAGGCUGGAAAGGUAAGUUGCAGGUAGCUGUGUGCUGGGCCUUGAAUCCCUGACCUACUCCUAAAAUCUCCUUACUUCACUCAUUUACCUUUGAUUGGUACAUUUACUAGAGGGGAAAUGGUCCUGGAAAGGUUAUCCUAAAGAAGUGACGUGAAAAAGUUUUUCUCUUUAAGGAAAGACUGAGUUACAAGAGUCUGAGAAUAAAAUCCAUAAACAUUGGAUAGCCCAACCACAGAAAUGGGAAAAAAGAAACUGAUUCCCUCUGGAGUAGGAUUUCUCUUUGUGGGGUGAGGUGGGCAAGGUAGGAUGUGAUGGCGGUUGGGGCAGGGCAGAGAGUUCAUCAGGGGAAUUCAGUACUGGGUUGAGACUAGAGCUUAACCACAUUUGAUGACACAAAAGGUUCUUCAGUAUGGUGACUUGUGGAUUAUGUGCAGCUCUCCUUAGACCCACUGCCUUUUGAAAAUCCAGUUUUUUUCAUUUACAGAAUAAUUUGAAUAUAAAGAAGGUGUUUAAUAUAUAAUGGAAAAUGAGUGAAAUCAAAUUGCUUGUCUCUCUUCAUUGGAUCCUGCAUCAACAGCAUUGUUAUUUUUAAAAUAUUUAUUUAUUUUAAAGGCAAAGUGAUAGAGGGAAAGACAGAGAGCAAUCCUCCAUCUGCCGGUGCAUUCCCCAAAUGGCUGCAAAAGCCAGAUCUGGACCAGGCCGAAACUAGGAGCCAGGACCUCCAUCCUGCUCUCCUACUUGGGUGGCAGGGGCCCAAAUACCUGGUUCAUCUGCUGCUGCCUUCUAGGCAUAUUAGCAGCAAGAAUCAACAUUCCCAUGUGAGAUGCUAGUGUCGCAAGCAAAGAGCAUUAUUUUAACGGCUGCUGGCAGUGAACUAUCCAUUCGAGUCCGUAGCCCAGCUCAGACAUUUUUAAGACAUGUGACCUUCAUUAUUAAAUAGGAUCCUAUUUGAAUAAAAAUGAUUGUUAGAAAAAUUGUUUUGAUUUGUAUUGGCUGUUAUAAAAACGAUGGAUUAAAAUAGCAGCUGAAAAGAAUUA